AAGAGUCGUGACUAUCCCGUUUACAUUGCUAGUUAGGUGGUCAGACUGUUCCUGGUGUACUCAGUUUCGCAUUUCAAGACUGUGGCCUUCGAUAGGUUUCGCGAAGUGCGAUUUUUGAUCCGUCAUUGCUGAUUAAUUUUGUAUAUUUAGUUUAUUUUUAUACUGUGUGAGGAAGAAUGUCGGCCGAAAGCCCCGAAUACUCUCCGUUCUUCGCAGUGAUGGGUGCCUCUGCGGCUAUGGUGUUCAGCGCCUUGGGAGCAGCCUAUGGCACAGCUAAGAGCGGUACAGGGAUUGCCGCCAUGUCUGUGAUGAGGCCGGAGCUCAUCAUGAAGUCUAUCAUCCCCGUGGUCAUGGCGGGUAUCAUAGCCAUCUACGGUCUGGUAGUAGCAGUGCUGAUUGCCAACAACAUCUCAGAGAAGGUCACCCUCUACAAGAGUUUCCUUCAUCUGGGAGCUGGGCUUAGCGUGGGCCUCAGUGGGCUGGCAGCAGGCUUCGCAAUUGGCAUCGUGGGCGACGCAGGCGUGAGAGGCACAGCUCAACAGCCAAGGCUUUUUGUGGGCAUGAUCCUCAUCUUGAUUUUUGCUGAGGUCUUGGGUCUCUACGGGCUCAUCGUUGCCCUCAUUCUCUCCACGAAAUAAACAUCCAAACAUCUCCACUACAAGAUCUGUCCUUUAUGUUGCUGCUGGAGAAAAAGUGUAUAACGGGGAAAAAAUUGUAAAAAUUUCUGCCACACAAGAUGAAAGAAGUGAAGGCGAGGAAAAAAUGAAUUAAAAUGGCUCCAUAAAUAUGGUCUUAUCUCAACAAUGUGUACAGUCGUCCCAAUUUGAUAGUCAACUUGUAAAUGCGCAAUGUAGUGAUUUGUCUGUCUUGUGUGUGCGUGUGUGUGUUUCAAAACAACUGUAUGAUGAAGAUUCCUUUUUUCCCUCCACUUAUUUCAGGCCUUGAGGCCAGCUGAGGCAGCUUGGCCUCUGGUCUUAGAGAGCUGACCAAAGGGCCACACAGCUUUUUCUCCUCCCAUAUCGACCUGGGAGUUGACACAAUUUCUGCAUUAAUCUUGAGGAUCUAUUUGUAAAGAGAAAUGUGUAUGGACUUCAGAUUUUUUUCCACUGAUUUUAUUUAUAAGAAAUUGUUCAUUGAACUGUUUAAUGCAGCAAAAGUCUUUAAUUCCCCAGGAUAUAUUAUACAUAUAUAUAUACAGACAUAUAAAUAUCUAUAUAGAUAGAUUUAAUGCACUGUGGGUUAAUUGUGAUAAGUGGUUGGAAUUCCUCUGGAUGUAAUUCAUGGUUUAAUAAUUAAGAUUGCCUUUAGUAUGUUGCUGGUGGAGUGGGAGUUUUGUGUGUAGCUGUAUUCUAAUCAUUACGGAAACAUUCUCAAACUUCAGUGUUUUUCCUGUAGUACUGCUGUUUGCAUUAAAGGUGUGUGUGCCCCAUGUUGGGUCUCACAAGUGUAAUUUCCAAAAUUCAUCUCCUCUCCAUCUUAUUCACCCCCUCCCCCAUCUGUGGCUGUACUUCAUCUCUUUCACAUUCCAGCCAUUAAAAUCCUGCAUGGGU